AUGUCCAAUCUGAGUAAAGGCGGAACCAAGAAGGACACCAAGAUGAGAAUACGGGCUUUUCCUAUGACGAUGGAUGAGAAGUAUGUAAACAACAUCUGGGACCUUCUGAAAAAUGCCAUCCAGGAAAUUCAGAGGAAGAACAACAGUGGCCUGAGCUUUGAGGAGCUGUACCGAAAUGCAUACACCAUGGUGCUCCACAAACAUGGAGAGAAGUUGUACACCGGCCUGCGUGAGGUGGUCACAGAGCAUCUGAUCAAUAAAGUUCGAGAAGACGUGCUCAAUUCCCUCAACAAUAACUUUCUUCAAACGUUGAACCAAGCCUGGAAUGAUCACCAAACGGCAAUGGUGAUGAUUAGAGACAUCCUCAUGUAUAUGGACCGUGUGUAUGUGCAACAAAACAACGUGGAGAAUGUGUACAACCUUGGCCUCAUCAUCUUCAGGGAUCAGGUGGUCCGCUACGGCUGCAUCAGAGACCACCUCCGACAGACACUGCUGGAUAUGAUCGCCCGGGAGAGGAAAGGAGAGGUGGUGGACAGGGGCGCUAUAAGGAACGCAUGCCAAAUGCUGAUGAUCCUCGGCCUUGAGGGGAGGUCUGUUUAUGAAGAAGACUUUGAAGCUCCAUUUCUUGAAAUGUCUGCAGAAUUCUUUCAGAUGGAAAGUCAAAAGUUCCUUGCUGAAAACAGUGCGAGUGUCUACAUCAAGAAGGUGGAGGCCAGGAUCAAUGAGGAGAUCGAGCGAGUGAUGCAUUGUCUGGAUAAAUCCACAGAGGAGCCAAUCGUUAAAGUGGUGGAGCGAGAACUCAUCUCCAAACACAUGAAGACUAUUGUGGAGAUGGAGAACUCUGGCCUUGUCCAUAUGCUCAAGAACGGCAAGACCGAUGACUUGGCAUGUAUGUACAAGCUGUUCAGUCGAGUCCCCAACGGGCUGAAGACCAUGUGUGAGUGCAUGAGCUCCUACCUGAGGGAGCAGGGCAAGGCUUUGGUGUCAGAGGAGGGAGAGGGGAAGAACCCUGUAGACUACAUUCAGGGUUUACUGGACCUCAAGUUACGAUUCGAUCGCUUCCUUCAAGAAUCAUUUAACAAUGACAGACUUUUCAAACAAACCAUAGCUGGAGACUUUGAGUAUUUCCUGAACCUCAACUCUCGUUCUCCUGAAUAUCUUUCACUUUUUAUUGAUGAUAAACUGAAGAAAGGUGUCAAAGGGCUCACCGAGCAGGAGGUGGAGUCCAUUCUGGACAAAGCCAUGGUGUUGUUCCGCUUCAUGCAGGAGAAGGAUGUGUUUGAAAGAUAUUACAAACAGCACCUCGCCCGCAGACUACUCACAAACAAGAGUGUGUCUGACGACUCUGAAAAAAACAUGAUCUCAAAGCUCAAGACUGAGUGUGGCUGUCAGUUUACCUCAAAGCUGGAGGGCAUGUUCCGGGACAUGAGCAUCUCCAACACCACUAUGGACGAGUUCAGACAACACCUACAGACCACAGGGGCGUCCCUCGGUGGAGUGGAUCUCACCGUUCGAGUCCUGACCACUGGGUAUUGGCCCACCCAAUCGGCAACACCAAAGUGCAGCAUCCCGCCCUCUCCACGUCACGCAUUUGAGGUUUUUCGAAGGUUCUAUCUUGGUAAGCACAGCGGCAGACAACUCACACUGCAGCACCACAUGGGCUCCGCAGAUUUAAACGCCACUUUCUAUGGUCCAAUCAAAAAGGAAGACGGCUCUGAGGUUGUAGUGGGAGGAGCUCAGGUGACCGGCUCCAACACGAGGAAACACAUCCUGCAGGUGUCCACCUUUCAGAUGACCAUCCUUAUGUUGUUCAAUUCAAGAGAAAAGUCCACAUUCGAGGAAAUACAGCAGGAGACGGACAUCCCAGAAAGGGAGCUAGUGCGAGCACUUCAGUCUUUGGCCUGUGGGAAACCAACCCAAAGAGUUCUCACCAAGGAGCCUAAAUCCAAGGAGAUAGAAAAUGGCCACGUAUUUACUGUCAACGACCAGUUCACCUCCAAAUUACAUCGUGUGAAGAUCCAGACAGUGGCGGCGAAACAAGGAGAGUCGGACCCGGAGAGGAAGGAGACGCGGCAAAAAGUGGAUGAUGACAGAAAGCAUGAAAUAGAAGCUGCAAUAGUCCGCAUCAUGAAGUCCAGAAAGAAGAUGCAGCACAAUGUUCUAGUAGCAGAGGUUACACAGCAGUUGAGAGCACGGUUUCUUCCCAGUCCUGUAGUCAUCAAGAAGCGCAUUGAAGGACUUAUUGAGCGAGAAUAUUUGGCACGAACGCCAGAGGACCGCAAAGUGUACACUUAUGUAGCGUAA